AUGAAGGCAACAAGAUCUCCGCCAAAAACAAGCGCGCAUCGUGAAGUUUCAAGUGAAAGAUCACAUAGUUCCUAUGAUGCUUUACGGUUUUUACGUACUACGAAUAAAUGGGAUAAAGAUUUUCUACCACCAAUAUGUCCAUCUCGUUUUUCAAAUCAUAAUGAUUUCGAAUCAUCUUUACAAGAGUUCUACUAUGAAGUUGUUGAUAUAAUGCCUGACUAUGUUGAUCAUGUUCGUAAAGCUUGCCGUGUUAUAUUCGAUGAUGUAGUACCACGUUUAAGAAAAAAUCGUUUUGGUAUUGUCCUUAAUGAUCCAAUUUUUUGUGAUACUUUUUUUGAAAAUUUACAAGUUGUUCAUAUUCAACGUAUUAAUAUACUUAUACCAAUUACAAUUCGUCCAGUGGAAAAAGAACGUCUAGAAAAGAUUGGAUACAUUUAUUUGAGAAUACCCGGUGCUGUUAAUGAUGAAGAAUUAUCACGAUAUGAUCCAUGGGGUUUUAUGAGAUCCCGAAAAGAUCGACAGUACUUAUCACCAGGUGUACUCGUUCAAUUGGUUCAUUCACUUGUUGACGAUGCCUUAAGAGAACCAUAUCCACUACAACAUUUCACUCUUGAACCACUUGAUCUUGAUCAUGAGGGGUCCGUAAUUCGAAUUCGUCAUGAAGAACUCAUGUUUACUAUAUGUUUAUCAUUUGGUGUUAAAAUUAAAAAAACAGAUCCAUAUUUUAUUACGAAACCAUUCACUCUCGAUGAUUAUUUUCAAUCGAAACGAGCAUGGCGUGUAUCAUAUAUAGAAGCUGAAAUGAAAUGUUUAAAAGUUCUUCAUCGUGCUGAUCAUUUUCGUCAUGCUCAAGCAAUUAAAAUAUUUCUUGCUUUAGUCAAACUCAAUCGAAUAUUUUCUGUACUGAAUGAAGACAUUAUAAAAGCUCUUAUGGUUUAUAUAUGUGACGAUGAUCUUACGAAUCGAAAUUGGAAUCGUCGUCGAUGUAAUGAAAUAUUUUGGUCAUUAUUUGAUUUACUUUAUGUUUCAAUUGAUCAGCAAGUUCUUAAACAUCCAUAUUUACCUGAAAUGAAUCUAUUAGAAAAAAUUGAGCGGCCAAAAUUAAUACGCUUAAAAAAACAUUUAGAUUAUAUUGUUGAACAUAAGCAUGAAUUUGAAAGAUUUUUUAAUCGUCGAGUACUCAGUUGCAAACGAAGACGUAAUCAAUCAAAGAAUUUAUUUGCUUUUUUUGGUUCAUCAAGAAAUGAAUUACCUAAAGAUGACGACGAUGAUGAUGAUGAUAAUAAUAAUCAAAAUAGUGGAACAUCAGGUGAUCAAGAAAACUAUUUGGCUGUUGAAAAUAUUCAAGCAGUUAAAAAUCAAGAUAGUUAA